CAGCGAAGAUGCGGGAAAAAGUGUGAGGAGACCAGCCGGAAGUUCCCGCGCCGCUGCUGCUGCUCCGCCGGCGGGUCGGUGCGGUUCCCCGGCUGUGACUCCGGGAGCUGUCCGAGUUUAUCCUGAUGGAAAGAGGAAGUCAACAUGCCUCCGAAACCACUCAGCAGGAGGGAGCGCAGGGAAUUGUACACCACCCUGGCGGGCGAGCUGGUGAUCAUGGCCGGGACCGUCAUGCUGGCCUACUACUUCGAGUACACCGACACCUUCAGCGUCCACGUGCAGGGCUUCUUCUGCUACGACACGGCGUACACCAAGCCCUACCUGGGGCCGGAGGAGAGCAGCGCCGUCCCGCCCGUGCUGCUGUACGCCCUGGUGGCCGGGCUGCCCACGCUGCUGAUCACAGUGACAGAGACGGUGCUGUUCCUGGUCCAGUACACGUCCAAAGAGUUUGACCGCUCUGAGAAGACAGUGGCCACGGGGGACUGCUGCUACCUCAACCCGCUCGUCCGCAGGACCUUCCGCUUCCUCGGCGUCUAUUCCUUUGGCCUCUUCACUGUUGACAUCUUUGUCAACGCGGGCCAGGUAGUGACAGGAAACCUGGCGCCCUACUUUCUGACCGUCUGUAAGCCCAACUACACGGCCCUGGGCUGCCAGCAGGCCCUGCGCUACAUCAGCCACCAGGAGGCCUGCACCGGAAACCAGGACGACAUCCUGCGGGCUCGCAAGACCUUCCCAUCCAAGGAGGCCGCCCUCAGUGUCUACGCCGCCCUCUACCUGGCGAUGUACGUGACGUGCACGGUGCAGGCCAAAGGCACCCGUCUGGCCAAGCCGGUGCUGUCCCUCGGGCUCGUGUGUCUGGCCUUCCUCACCGGACUGAACCGCGUGGCUGAAUACCGCAACCACUGGUCGGACGUCAUCGCCGGCUUCAUCAUCGGCUCUGCCAUCGCCACGUUCCUGGUGGUGUGUGUGGUCCAUAACUUCAAAGGCAAGUUGCUGCUGAGCGAGGACUCUGGAGAGGAGCCGUGCAACCCGGCCAUGCUUCCAAUGGGCCGGAUGGAGAGUCCUCUGGAGAAGUACAUCGCCUCACAGAAUCACAUCGCCUUCGCUGAGGUCACAUGACGUGGAGUCGGCCGUCUGGCAGACCCAUUGGACGUCCACGCUCUUCACCGUCCAAUCCCAUUAACCGCAGCGCUAAACCCGUUCUCCGUUUGUGUCUGGUCUCCCGGUCUGCCCUUCUAUGUCGUCUUUAUCCGGCCGCUGUCUUUAUGUGCCGCCCCUCGUGUCCAAGAAAAGAAAAACAGUCAGCGACCCGGACGUGGACCGGCUGCUUCAGCUUUCUCCAUCUAUGCACUUCUGCUGAGAUGGUGUUUGACUUUGUCCUCUGAGAUGAAGCGGAGGAGUCGAGCCCUGCGGAACACUCAGAGUACGAGGGAAGAACUGGCCGAGGUCAGAUAUGUUGUGACUGUUUGAUUAUGGAAAAACGCCUGCGUCCAUUAAGGCUCUUAGUGUUUACCGUGUUUUUACUGUUAUUUCACCUGAGAACAUCAGACUAUGACUGCUGUCUGCUGGGUCUGUAUUUAAUCAAACUCAUUAAUGUGAACCUUUGGACUUAAAUGAAAGCGAAACUAAAAAAUAACUUUCUCACACACACAUGACUGACAUGUGUUAAAUGUAUUUGACUUUGAAUACCAUUCAUUUUAAGGAGCUCCAGACUUCAUUCAGAAUUAGGUGGUACCUUGUAGUUCAUGCAAGAAAUGACAUUUUUCGGACGGUAUCUUAUGCGUUACAGAGAAGUGCAAAUGACGAGGAUGAUGAGAUCCACACACCAAAUCUUACUUUGCACAGACACAGAUUACACGUGACACAAAUUACAUUUCCCAAGCAAAGAAAACAAGCAAUGUAAAAUGCACUCAACAUCUCGUGGUUACAUGUUUUCAGUAUACAGAUGAUCCUGAAACACUAGAAACAAUGUGACGGCAGAAUAAAAACAAUGAUUAAGGUGAUGAUUAACUGAAGCUGGCUGCACAACAUGUAGCGUGUGUGUGUGUGUGUGUCUCACAGUGACGUCAUCCCUCCAAUCAGAGACCGCAAGGAAGAAAUAGAUUAAAGUCGUAGCUGCUCUUACAACCAUCGAGUUAUUAACGACCAAAGUAAUUCAUCUUUCUGUUCAUGUAGCUAUCUCAGGAAAUGAUUUCACCAAACAGAAGGGGGUUGUUUCUUUCACGUGCACUCAGGCUGACGGAUCAGUACCGUAUUUAUUGGUCAGCUUUAUUGAUUCAUCAUUGACGUGGCUUUAUUAAAAUGCUUUCAAAAUGUGAAUUUGAGCUGCUGAACCUUUACAACAACAUUCUGGAAGGUUUAGGGACAAUGACCUCUGACCCCUGCGUUAGACAGUCCAAAGUAGUUUAAAGGUGUGGUUCUCUCUCUCACCAUUACUUAUCUUACUCGCUGACUCAGAGAAUCAACGUCUCUAGUUUUCAGAAUGCGUUUAGUCUGGUGAGCUCGCUCGCAGGUCGUUGGCUUGUUGGGGCUGAGAAGUCACCAGUUCUCUGGCCAGCUGCAGGAAUCAGGUCGUUGGGUCGAAGCCCAGUGGGACCAGUAGGUCCACGUUGGUUUUCUUUGUUUCUACUUAGAAGAAUCAUUUUGUCCCAUUCUAAUUUGUUGGUGGCUGUUUGUUGUUCAGACUGUAACGUGGGCUCAUUAAUAUCACGUUUUUUAUACUUUUGAGAAUCUGACUGUGAUGUUAAGAUGCUUUUCAAGUCCCGCCUCCAGUUUUUACUGUUCCGAGGUCGAAGGACCUUUACAAAGACAAACAUUUACGUGUUACUUUCAGGGACUAUAGUAUGCGAUGGAAGGAUAUGAUGUAUGUAUGUAAUGUGUCCAAAUUGCAACACGUGUGUAGUGUUACAUAGUAGCUCCACACAGACGUAGCAUACUACGUAUGACACCAGAGGGCGGCUCAUGGAGGUUCGCCAGGUUCCAAGCAGGAUUGUUAUUGGAGCGUUGAGUGGAGGGGGCGGGACUUCUAACUUAAAGGAUGCUCCUUGGAACAUGAAGAUGGGCUCAGGUCAGAGUAGCAAGUUAAGAGAACUCCUAAACUUUCUCUUUGUAUUUAUGUGUCAUUCGUAUGUCACCGAGAUCUAGUGUGUAUGUGUGUGUGUGUGUGUGUGUGUGUGCAGUACACAAUCAACCACUAGUGGAAAAACUAUAUCUUUAGAAACGUCAGGCCGACUUCGACAAUCAGCCCCUCCCUCUCUUUGCUGGUGGUCGCCUCCUGCAGCGAACAGGCUGCGCGUGGUUGCAGGUCUAGAAAUCCACCACACCAGGGAUGGACGUGGUGAGGCCCGUUGUCAAACCAGUGCACUUUGCUUUUUGGGAUUCAUGUGAAAGCUCCGGCAUCCAAAGGUCGGCCCGACUCACAGGCCAGAACUGAGAUUCUCUGUGGUGUGCGUCUGUUAGUCGGUUCCCCUCUCGUCUCCCUGGUGGUGGUUUCAGUGGUGGAAUAAGAGGAGAGACGGUUCCUUCAUGGGACUAGAGAUGAGUCUCUGUAGGUCCGUCCCACAGACUUACAAGUUGUUGUUGCACUAUUACUUUCCCCAUGCACAUAUGUUGCUGGUAGUUUCCUUGUACACAUGUUUUGUAUGAUUGAGUCACAUUAAUAUUACAGUAGUUGGGUUUUUGAAGCCAUGAACCUUUGUAAUGAUGAAAAAGACUGGGAGAUUUAAUGGAACAUGUUGGUGUCCUUCUCACAUUCACAUGAACAGUUCUGUCUAGGUGUUGCAGCAGCACAGUAUGAAAUGAGCUUACAGCUGAGGCAUCUGUAUUCGCACUCAUUUGAAUAUUGUCCAUAGUCACAUUUGCGACUUAUGUCCAGCACAGGACACCGUGGUGCAUCCCGGAGCUGUAGAGUGGUCUCAAUGUGGACUUCUCUCUCCUAUGAUGUAGUUGUCUCUGUACUGGACCUGCAGAGACGCUUGAAUAGUCCCGUGUUAUUCUGCACAUUUCAACAAACAAACACAUUUAUGUGGCAGUGCGUAACAAAAAUAGAAGAUAAAAACUCCCCCAGUGGAUUCAAGGAAUGAUAGUUUGUUUCAAUUGUGCUCUGCGAUUCUAUUUAUAUAUUAUAUAACAGACACAGUAUAUAUAUAUAUAUUUGAGAAUGUUUGAAUAUUGUUUGGAUCCCCCCCCCCUCCCUGUUUUUGGUCAAAAAUGGAUUCAUGAAUCUCUAACUGGUUCUUCAAUCGAUCGAUGUCCCGUCCAUUGACUGACCUCCUGGACGCGUUCGUACUUUAUAUUGUAUCAAAGUCCCGUCCCUCAUUCUUCUUUGUAGCAAUAACACGUUAGGCUUCUUUCCUGUCGAGAAGCAGUGGAGAAACGCAGUGAAGGUACAAUUAUGUGGCCCAUUGAAAUGUCUAUUUUUGUAAAAAUCACUGACGCUCUCGUGAUAAAGACCCCCGUCAGGAACAUGCAACAAGUAGCACCUUAAAUCUGGCUGUAAGUCAUUGCUAACGGAAGGGCCACCUCUGUUGCUGCUCAAAAACAUCUCAGAAUAAUAAAUAUAUAUAUUUGAUCUGCUCAUAUGUGCACCUCAAGAGCUUCAACAAUUAAGAAGAGAACAGAUAUAAUGAACUAUAUAUAUAUAUAUAUAUAUAUAUAUAUAUGUAUAUAUAUAUAUAUAUAUAUAUAUAUAUAUAUAUAUAUAUAUAUAUAUAUAUAUAUAUGCAGGCUAUAUAUUGUUAUUAUAUGUAUCUCCUUUUGGUCUUAUUCUAUGUUGUCAUUCACUUCUAUUUUCUUAUGACUGCACUGUGUGAGUGUUCAAAGCAUAAAUGUCCCCUUUAUUCCUCUGAUAACUGUUUUUCCUUCUUAAUGUGAUUUUACUCAAAUUAUGUAUAUUUCAUGUAAAUGUUCAGGGUUACAGUUUUUCUAUAUUUUUUUUGAUAGUAUUAUGUUGAUAUUUUGGUUGCUGACCCUGCUCUGUAGUCCAUAUUCUUCCUCGACUGAGCUUGUUUUGCGACAUACGUGAUACCUUUUCUAAACUUGUGGUUUUAUCUUUUUCUCUCACACAGUCGUGUGAUAUCUUUGCUUACUGGAACAUACUGUAUGGAUGUCGUUCUUCUAUUACAUGUUUUCAUAUUAAUCGCAUUUCUUUUUCAAUUUCCCUUGUUUUCAACUUAAGUUCAAAUUGUGACCUUUUACACUGUAGAAAAAAAUGAAUUGACAGUCUUUGAAUAAAAAAAAAUAAAACAUUGAAAGGGAUUUAACAUUUACCUGGAAAA